AUGGCGAAGUAUGCAUACUUCAAUACCACAGACUUCGCCGCUUGUACGCGGAUACUGCAGAUACUGCAGAUACUGCAGAUACUGCAGAUACUGCAGAUACUGCAGAUACUGCAGAUACUGCAGAUACUGCAGAUACUGCAGAUACUGCAGAUACUGCAGAUACUGCAGAUACUGCAGAUACUGCAGAUACUGCAGAUACUGCAGAUACUGCAGAUACUGCAGAUACUGCAGAUACUGCAGAUACUGCAGAUACUGCAGAUACUGCAGAUACUGCAGAUACUGCAGAUACUGCAGAUACGGGUGGGUGCCGACUGCGCUAUACAACAGCGGCUGCGGCACCCCACAGCCUCGGGCGAGGAAGAAGCGCGCAGCGCACGUCGCGUGACACGGUGGGCACGCCGGCUGCUCUAUGCGCUGAGCGUUGUCAACCCCUUCUUUAGCGUUCUCGCCGACGACUUCACGUUUGUCCGCGAUGCAGCUUCGUCCUACGUGGUCAAGAGCCGGAGCUGGAAGCAGAGGAGGAAGGGAGGUGUGCUUCCCGAGCAGCAGGAAGAGGCGCUUCGGCAGCUCGCCUUUGGGAUCGGCAAGAUCCGCCCGCGCCGCCUCUUCGCCGUUGGCAGCAUGCUGAGAGGCCUCCAGCUCUACUCGCCGCUCGAGCAGCUCUUCGACCCGCCGAGCCAUUUUGGUUCGGUCGUCAACGCGCUCGCUCUCGUGGACGGUGUCGCGUGGCCUGCCCCCGUGACGCUCGGCUGGGCCGUCUCCAAGCCGCUGUGGGUCCUGGGCGGCAGCGGCGGCAGCGGCGGCGGCGGCGGCGGCGCGAAGCAGACGUCGUCGCCCUCGACCGUACAUGCGGAUGACGCGCGGCUAGCAGCUCCUCGUCCGGCGAGCCCUGGCCUCCGUCUGCAUCUCUAUCUGCCGGCGGUUCACUUGAGCGUAGUCGUCACCACCGUCCUGGUGGCGACGCACCGAUGGCGUGCGGCUCUCCUCGUUCUGUGUGGCUCGUUGCGGUGGGUUCCACUUCGUGACGCGUAA